GGGCGGGGAAUGCCUGGAAGCACCAGGAGGGAUGUGGGGAAAAGCUCUGGGAAGAAGCGGAGUCCAGGGCAGCCAGAUGGUCCCAAGGACAGAGCCUGCCUGGAGAGCAGAGGUUCUGGGUGCGAAUGUGUCCUGGGACACUUGGGAGCCCUUCUGAGUCUUCUGGAGUCCAGACUCAGCCCUGACUGUGACACAGAAGGGGAACAACACAGGGGAGAGCUGGGAGAAGGCAGGGCUUGUGCUGGGGAGGGACAGGGAGGAGAAGGGGAGGCCAGGAAGCCCCUGCUGGGGGUGGCCCCCUGCCCUGGGAGGCCUGGCCCAGAAUGGGGAGUCUGAAGACCAGGGAAGGGCCUGGGGGGCCCCCAACACCCCCAUCCCAGGGGAGGGCAGGCCAUGCCCAGCCCAGGACUGUGUGUUCUCCCCUCCGGAGCCCCAGAGACAGCAGAGAGGAAUUCAGAGCAGCAGCCCCAGGCCUGAGGCCAGCAAGGGAAGAAUCCUCCAGGGAGAGAAGCCCUUCCAGGGCCUUUAGCCCCUCAGGGCCUGCUAGAGCUCAGGGCCUGGAAUCAGUUUCCUCCCCUGCCCAACGGGCUGCAGGAGGAGAGGGAAAGCAGCCCAGCCCAGCCUCUGCCAGAAAGCCCCAAAGGGGGGGAAGAGGCAGCCAGACCUGAACAGCCUGAGCCCAGCAGCCCUGCAGACAGACACACAGACACCCCCAGACUGUCCUCUGUCCAUCAGGGCUCAGAGCCUGGGCUCAGGGGCUGCUGCUGCCUUCUGUGGCCUCCCAAAGGGCAGGAGGGGGUUCCUGGGCCUCCCCCAGCCCUCUGAAGGGUCUCUGGGCCUUGUGGACUGGGGGAGGUGCUGAGGGAGACCCUCCCCAGCUGGUCCAGAAGCCCAGGAGACCCCGAGGAAGCAGCUCUGUUUCCCUCCAGACCCUCUCUGGACCACCUUCCCCACAGCCCUGGGCUCAGGCUCUGAUUCUCUCAAUUCCACAGUGGGGAAAAGUGAGGUAAAGACUUGGGAAGGGCCUUGGCUAGGCUCCCCCCUCUGGGCAGUGUCUGAGGCCAUGUUUGAGCCCAGAUCUUGGGGUUCCAGGCAGGAGGGCAGCCCCUGAGUCACCUGAUUCUUCUACCUGGGGAUGGGGUUGGCCCCUCCUUUGGGGAGUCCCUGGGGUCCCCUCAAAGUAGAAGGAGCAGCAGGAUGUUCAGAGGGAGCCCCGGAGGAGGGGAACCUGAGAGGUGGGGCCUGGGCCUGGGCUGUCAGCUUCUGCCCUCUGCCUCAGUUUCCUUUUGUGUCAGAAGGGGGGAUCCAAGAGCCACCUCCACAGGCUCUGGGGAGCAGAGAUCCAUGGACUGCUCAGUCAGUCAGUCACCCCAUCCUGAGGCAGCUUCCAGUCUAAGGAAGAAGCUGGCAGGGCAGGAAGGGGAAGUGGGGGGAGGGGGAGAAGGCCGCAGCCCCCCAGGGUGGGGAACAAUUCCUUUAUACCCUUCCCCCACCAAGCCUCUAAACCCCGGCAGGACUCCAUUUCCCAGAAUUAUGUUUCCUGACUCCUCCCUAGUCUUGGCUCCUCCCCACUGAGGCAGUCUCAGGGCAUGCUGGGAACCUCCUGUGGGCAGUCUCGGCUCCUGGAACUGAGUAGAGUUUCUGCUUCUUGGAUCUUUGUUGGGCGCCCCCAGAGGAAGUCUCCCCCCCUCGGGGCUGCCACCCCCUGAAGGACCCCAGGGUGGUCCCACAGAGAGCCCGCAGCCAGAGGAAUGGCCCCCGGGACCCCGAGGCCCCCCUCCCAGGCCCGUCAGCGCCAGGGCGGCCAUCUGACCCGGGGGACCCCUGGCUCUGCCCGCCCUGGUGGGAUCCUGCACUUAACAUUGUGGGGAUCGGAGACGUCUCUGGGCUGAAGAUCCAAACUAGUUGUGGUCAGUGGAAGCUGCAGGUGGCCCCCAGCCCUCCACGAGCCAAGAUCCCCCCCAGACGUGGGGCAGGUGUUUCCUGGGGGUCUGACAGACCCUUAGCAGAGUCAUUACCAGGCUGGAAGGCACAGAGGACACAGCAAACAGGCAUUGGGGUUUGGUCAGAGGUUGGAACCUUUGAUCCCAUGUCCUGAGUUCAGCACGAGGCUAAGAGGAGAAAAUGGACUGAAUCCUCCAGAGCUCUCUGACUGCGGAGGCCACAGGAGGCUCUCUGGGCCACAGUCCUCGGGGAGCCCGGAGCUGGCAUGAAUCUUCCCAGGCUCAAAGGGCCCCUGGACGGGCCGAGCUUGUUUCCUGGAUCUCCUCAGGCCAGUGAGUCCCCCGCCAUUCCCAGGGAGCCCGGCUCCCUCCUGCAGGGCCUUCAGCUUCCCCAGAAGAGGACACACACCUGAGCUGUGAUUCCUCCCACAGAAGGAGUUGUUUUGUGGAAUCUCUUCCAAAAGAGCCCUCAGUGGGGUACCAACAAAUGCCCCUCGGCAGGCUGCUCCCCUCAGAACUGACAAGGCCUGGAGAUUGCUGGAUCAUCCAGCGCUGCAUCGGCUCUAGGAAUCUCCCCGUGGUCUUUAGUGGUGCGCAGGUGGGUCUGCGGGAAACGGCUUGUGCCUGGUUGGGCGCCAUGUCUGGUCACAUCUGGCCCUGUCUGCCCAUUGUCAGAGCAUGCCCAAAAAGCUUGUGACUAUAAAAACGAUGCCACUAAUUAUUUAAUAAAUUAUGGGACUUUGCUUAAUGAUUCUGUCUGAUUCCAGGAGAAGAGCUACACACAAGAGCCAUUUCACAGAGCCAAAGAAAGGCCAAUCCAGGAUGGAUUGAUGCACUUCUAGGCCAAUACAAAGGUCUUGAACCUAGUGUGAAGACUCGAGGUUACUGUGUUUAUCAUUGCUAGACAUAGGCUUUCCUUGUGUCCACACUCAGCCUGAGGAUACUCACAGACGAGUAUCCCCAAACUUGGCUCCUACUUGGCUUCUAUAAUCUGGUCCCUUUUCUGCCUAUCAUAGUGUGGCAAACUUUCUGUAGUCCUGGCACUGACUGGGUAAAUGCAUCAUUGCUUAGAUCAUUUUGAUUGGGCCCUGAUUGAAGGACCUGUUAUUUAUUUAUUUAUUUGUUUAUUUGUUUAUUUAUUUUUACUUGGAAUUUUACACAUAAGACUUCGAUAGUCUAUAUUUUCAUCCAGAGUUUUUUCUUUUCUUUUGGAUUUUCUGAUGUCUUUUUAAUAUCUCUUGCCAAUUGAUUCAUAUACCUCAUACCUCAGCCAUGCAUCCCUAAGUGAUUCUGAAUCUUUCAAUCACCCACAACACGGGGGAAUGUAAAAAAAUAUCAUUAUUUAAAUUGCAAAGUUUAAAUUCCUUUUGAGAAGAAUUUUAGGUAAAAGAUGCUACUUCCCUGAAUUCAGAACUGAACUGUUGGAGAAGCCAUCAUGAAGAAGCCUCCAGACCACAAGUUGCACAAAAUUGAACUUUGGGUAUGGUUGAUUGAACAUUUAUUUGUAUGUAUACUUUUAUGCCAAAGGGGACUGCCCCCUAACGGCUUUUUGUCAAUGUGUUCAGCAAUUAUUGGUUUUAUUCUUUUUUAUCUUAUCCUCACACUAUUGUAAUCUUUUAAGUUUAUUAUGUUUUUAUGAUCCUUUUGGGGAAAAAUUAAUUUUUCCAAAAAUGAUAACAUGGGGAAAUGUAAAAAAAUAGACUCGAAUACAGGACUACAAUCCCCAUGAGCCUUUGCUACACUUCCCCAGAAUGCCUUGUAAUCUCACCUGGGCCAAGAUCGAGAAGGUAUUUAAGCUGAUUCAAAGGCUUUUGAGGGUCUCUCAGCUCUUUUUGGACUUCCUUUUUGGAGCAGGCUUGUCUCUUGCGUGAUGUGAGGUUAUUUUGUCUAGGCCUCUGGCCUAGGCACAUGUUUCUUACUUGUAUAUUCUUUAAUCUUUAACCUUUAAUAAACCUCUAAAAAAAUAUAAUACUUCUUGCAGAGAGAAACUAAUUUCUACCUGCUUCAGAUGCCUCAGUCUCCCCGUCUCCCCUAAAUUUUAAUCUUUACACCAUCAGAGGUGCAUCAGGGUUGACUCUGGGAGGAAAGUUGCUUUGAGCUCCACAAGCCAUUGCCUUUAGCCAGGAAACCAGAGGAGAGGCCGUCCUGUUUCUAACUGCUUGAUCGAAUGCAUUUGUUCAACGCUCUAAUCUCAAACAGCACGAGGAGUGGAGUGGGGGGGUGCUUGUACCCCUUGAAUCACUUUGACGAGCCGGCAGAAGACAUCAAUAGAGGCCUUUAGGACAGGGGAGAGGCCGGGAGCCACUGUGUCUGGGGCUUUCACACGAGGUCCAUUUGUAAGGAUGGAAGACCGAACUUAUCUCGUCUUUCUUGUUCUGUCCUCGAUGGGAGCAUCCCUUAAGUUGGCAGCGUCCAGAUUGAAUCAGAAUUUAGACACGUCCCAGGUCUUUUAGGACACGUUGUCAGGAUCCAAACUUGUUUUUAGGACAUUUCCCGGGGACAUGCGACGGUGUUCCGUGGGGAGGCAAGAGCUGGGACUUGGCCACAUUAGAGAAGAGUAUUAAAGGGGUAUAUUUGUGUAUUUUAUGAAUAUCUGCGUAGCUAAAGCUGUCUGUUUGGGGAAGGGAAUUCCUCUGCUCUUCCUAAGGAGACAUGGGCAUCUCCCUUCUGAAGGGCACCAAACUCUCGCUGAUUUUCUUUCUAUAGGAAGUUGCCAAUCUAGAAUGACUAAGACUGAUGAAUGUCUGCUGGGGGAUAAGGCACAAUUUCAUCCCAUUCAAGCAAGUGGUUACAAGUUCUUUUCCUUCUUUAGAAUACUGACAUUAAAAGAGGAGAGAGUUCAAGUCUGUAAACUUGAGAUGUAACCUCUAUGAACUCGUUUAGAAUACUGUUAAAUAUAAACUUUUAGAAUAAGAAAGUGAUUGUAGUGGUUGAAAGUAAACAUUAGGGUCACUGAUACAAAUGGCAUAUAGCAGGGAUUUUAUUUAACGAUAAGAAUUUAUCUCAGUUUAUCGAUUUGUACUAUGGGCUGAAGUCAUGUUUGGCAUACAUUGAAUAAAGCAACGUGUAAAGAACUCAUUUUUAAAUGGGAUCAUAUUUUUUUAAACCUGCGAUCUUUGGGGUUAUUGAUUUGCAAUGAAAGUGAUACUUGGACUGGCUACAGACUAUUUAGAUUGAUGGGCAGUAUAAGGAAUGUUGGAUCUGAAUAGGAAAGAAAUGGCAGGGGCUGUUUUAAUAAGGGAUUUUAAUCCAGGUUCCUUGGAGAAUAAUUUUAAGUAUAUAAAAAUGAGAGAAGUGAAGAGAGUUUUGAAAAAAAUCAUAUAGCCCAUUUCCACUAACUGAGUAAACAGAAUUGUUGACUUUAAAAGGUGUAAAUGUUUUACGGCUAAUAAGAUCGAACAAUUGUUCUUGUGUUUUGAAGCAACAAAGAGCAUCAGUGUUUUAUCUAUGAGGUCAAUAUCAAAUUAGUUAGUCAAAUUAUAUCCAAUUAAGCCAUAAGUUAAAAUAAUUUGUACAAAAAAAAUUUAGAAGCAGAACUCUUUAAAAGAAUCAUUUUACAAAUAUAAUUAUAUACCUAAUACUUAUCAAAUCUGUUUAUUACAUGGCACGAUUGAAACUUGUAUAUUAAUAGCAAUACACACCAUAUCUAUUCCUAUAAAAUAUAAUAUACAAUUUGCAAAUAUAGAAUCUGGAUUUCAUAUUUAGAAUCUGGAAAUUUUCUAAGUUUAGCACAAUUAAGAACUAAGAUGUUACUUCAAAACACACAUACACAUUCUAAUUUUGAAAUAAAUGCCAUUUAUAAAUUGAGAAAUUAAGCAUUUCUGUCCUAACCAUCUGAUUAGUUUCAAUUUAAUUUUAUAUAUAUCCCUUGUUUCUAGUUUUUUUAACAUGGCCAACAGAUGCUGUUGUUGUUAUUGCUUUUAUUAUUCUUAUAUUUUGGCUAAUGAGAUGUUUUAAUUUGCAUUUUUAUCAUCAGGAGGGAUUUAGAACACUUUUUCAUGUGCUUAUUGAUAGUUUUGAUUUCAUCAUGUGAAAACUGCCUAUUCAUGUCCCUUGACCAUUUGUUGUUUGAGGAAUGACUUGAUUUUUUGUCAAUUUGACUUAGUUCCUUAUGUAUUUGGAAAAUUAAAUCUUUUUCAGAGAGUUUUGUUAUAAAAAUGUUCUCCCAGUUUGUUGCUUUCCUUCUAAUUUUGGUUGCAAUGUUCUAUAUCUCUUGCUUGGUUUUAAAUGUCUUUCUUUCCCACAGAUCUGACAGGUAUACUAAUCUAUGUUCACCUAAUUUAUUUAUGAUUUCCCUCUUUAUAUUUAGAUCUUUUGCCUAUUUUGAAUUUAUCUUGGUAUAGGGUAUAAGAUGUUGAUCUAAACCCAAUUUUUCCCAUACUGUUUUCCAAUUUUUACAGCAGUUUUUGUCAAAUAGUAAAUUCUUGUGCCAAAAGCCAGGGUCUUUGGGUUUAUCAAACACUAGCUUGCUGAGGUCAUUUACCCCUAAUCUAUUCUAUUGGUGCACCCUUCUAUCUCUUAGCCAGUACCAUAUUGUUUUGAUGAUCAGUGCUUUAUAGUACAGUUUAAAAUCUGGUACUGCUAGUCCCCCAACCUUCAUAUUUUUUUCAUUAUUUACCUUAAUAAUCUCUGUUCUUCCAGCUGAACUUUGUUAUAAUUUUUUCUAAUUCCAUAAAAAGGUUUUUUUUGAUAGGUAUGGCACUAAAUAAGUAGAUUAAUUUGGGUAGGAUUGUCAUUUUUAUUAUAUUAGCUCAUCCUACCUAGGAGCAAUUAAUGUUUUUUCAAUUGUUUAGAUCUGGUUUAAAUUGUGUGGAGAGUGUUUUGUAGUUGUGUUCAUAUAAUUCCUGUGUUUUUCUUGGCAGAUAGUUUCCUAAGUAUUUUAUAUUGAGUAGGGCAAUUUUAAAUGGAAUUUCUCUUUCUAAUUCUUGCUGAUGAGAUGUGUUGGAAAUACAUAGAAAUGCUGAUGAUUUAUGUGGGUUUAUUUGGUACCCUGCAACUUUGCUAAAGUUUGUAAUUAUUUUCACUAUUCUUUUAGUUUAUUUUCUGAGUUUUUUAAAUAUACCAUCAUAUCAUCUGUAAAGAGUGAUAGUUUAGUUGCCUACUUUAAUCCCUUCAAUUUCUUUUUCUUUUCUAAUUGCUACCAGUAGCAUUUCUAGUACAAUAUUAAAUAAUAGUGCUGAUAAUGGGCAUGCUUGCUUCACUCCUGAUCUUAUUGGGAAGACUUCUAACUUAUCCUCAUUGCAGAUAAUGCUUGCUGAUGCUUUUAAAUAUAUAUAUAUGUAUAUUGUUUAUUAUUUCGAAGAAUGGCCCUUCUAUUCCUAUACUUCCUAGUGUUUUCAAUAAGAAUGGGUGUUGCCGAGGAAAAGUAAUUGCUUGACUACAGGGUGGAGGGGAUAUGACUGAGGAGAGACUCUAAAUGAACACUGUAAUGCAAAUACCAACAACACGGAAAUGGGUUCGAAUCAAGAACACAUGUAACACCCAGUGGAAUCAUGCAUUAGCUAUGGGAGAGGUGGUGGGAGGAGGGGAAGGAAAAGAAAAUGAUCUGUGUUUCCAAUGAAUAAUGUUUGGAAAUGACCAAAUAAAAUAAUGUUUAAAAAGAAAGAAUAGGUGUUGUAUUUUGUCGAAGGGUUUUUCUGCAUCUGUUGAGAUAAUCAUGUGAUUUCUGUUGCUUCAGUUAUUGAUAUGUGAUCAAUUAUAUGUAUGGUUUUCCUAAUAGUAAACCAUCCUUGCAUUCCGGGUAUAAAUCCCAUCUGGUCAUAGUGAAUAAUUCUUGUGAUAACUUGCUGCAGUCUUUCUGCUAGGAUUCCAUUUUUAAGAUUUUUUUGUAUCUAUGUUCAUUAAGGAGAUUGGUCUAUAGUUUUCUUUCUCUGUUUUUGGUCUCCCUAACUUUGGAAUCAGUACCAUAUUUGUGUCAUAAAAGGAAUUUGGCAAAACUCCUUCUUUGCUUAUUAUGUCAAAUAGUUCAUAUAGUAUUGGAAUUAGUUGUUCUUUAAGUGUUUGAUAGAAUUCACUUGUGAAUGCAUCAGGCCCUGAGAAUUUUUUCUUAAGGAGUUCCUUGAUAGUUUUUUCAAUUUCUUUUUAUGAGAUGGGAUUAAGUAUCCUAUUUCCUAUUUUGUUAAUCUAGGCAGUUUAUAUUUGUAAAUAUUUACCCACUUCACCUAGAUUGUCAUAUUUGUUGUCAUAUAGUUGGGCAAAAUAGUUCUACUAUCUAUUUCCUCCUUAAGCUCCUUUAAUUUCUUCUUUAGAAAUCUGAAUGCUAUGCCAUUUGGUGCACAUAUGUUGAAUACUGAUAUUUCUUCAUUAUUUAUACUGGCUUUCAUCACGAUGUAAGUACCUUCCUUAUCUCUUUUAAUGAGAUCUGUUUUUGCUUUAGCUUUGUCUGAGAUCAUGAUUGCUACUCCUGUGUUCUUGGUCUCAGUUGCAGUCCAGUAAAUUCUGCUCCACCCUCUUUCCUUUAUUCUGUGUAUGUCUACCUGCCUCAAGUAUAUUUCUUGUAGACAACAUAUGGUUGGAUUCUGGUCUUUAAUCAAUUCUGCUAUCUGCUUCCUUUUUAUGGGUAAGUUCAUUCCAUUCCCAUUCCCAGUUAUGAUUUCUUUCUGUGUAUUCCCCUCCAUUUUGACUUCCUAUUUUGAUUCUGUUUUUUCUCUUUUCCUUCUUACCCUCCCCUUCAAAUUCUUGCUUUUAGUCAGUCUCCCCCUUUCCCCCUCCUUAAUGUUACUCCCUCUCCCUUACUAUUCCCCUCAGUGCCUUUUAAAUGACCCCCCCAAUCUCUCCCUCCCUUGUAUUGCUCCCCUUUCCAUCAGCCUUUUUACAACCCUUCUACUUCUCUAUAGGGCAAAAGACAAUUCUCUUCCCCAAUGGAUCUGACUAUUCUUCCCUUUCUGAGCCAAUUCCAGUGAGCAUAAGAUUUUAGUAUUACUUGUUGACAACCUCUUCCUACCUACCAUUGUAUUGGUCUUUCUCCCUUCCCCAUGUACUUCUUUAUGAAAUAUAUAUUUACUCCAUUUUAUCUCUCUUCCCAUUUCUCUUAAUAUUAUCUUCUUUGAUGAUAAACCCCUGUGAACUCCCAUGAAAAACCCCUAGUUUUUCAUAUUUUUUUUUGACAUAUCAUCCUCUACAAUUUAUCAUUUUAACCUCUAGGUAUACUUCUUCUAGCUACUCUGAGGAUGAUAACAAUUUUUAAGAGUUAGCAAUAUCUUUCCAUAUGGGAAUACAAAUCAUUUGAACUUAUUUGGCCCCUUAAAUGUUUUUUCUCCCUUUCUUAAUUACCUUUUGGUGGUUCUCUUGAGUUCUAUAUUUGGGCAUCAAAUUUUCUGUUUAAGUCCAGUCUUUUUUUUUUUCAGAAAUGCUUAGAAAGCUUCUAUUUUAUUAAAUGACCAUACUUACCCCUGCAAGAAUAUAGUCAAAUUUUACUUGAUUAUUGGUUGUAGACCCAGUUUCCUUACUUUCCAGAAUAUUAUAUUCCAUGCCUUCCUGUCCUUUAGUGUGGAUGCAGCCAGGUCCUGUGUAAUGCUGACUGUGGCUCCAUGAUAUCUGAAUUGUUUCUUUUUAGCAGAUUGUAAUAUCUUUUCUUGGUCUGGAAGUUCUUGAACUUGGCUAUAAUAUUCCUAAGUGUUGUCAAUUGGGGAUUUAAUGCAGGAGGUGAUUUGUGGAUUCUUUCGAUCUCUCCUUUACCCUCUUGUUCAAGAAUAUCAGGGCAGUUUUCUUGGAUAAUUUCCUGUAGAAUGAAGUCCAGGCUUUUUCUUUGGUCAUGUUUUUCUGAUAGUCCAGUAAUUCUAAAAUUGUCUCUCCUUGAUCUAUUUUCAAGGUCUUUUGUUUUAUCAGUGAGGUGUUUCUUAUUUUCCUCAAUUUUUUCAUUUUGAUUUUGUUUUAUAGAUUCUUGUUGCCUUGUGAAGUCAUUCACUUCUAAUUGCUUGAUUCUCAUUUUUAAAGACUGAAUUUCAUCCCUGACAUUUUUAACCUUUUAUCCUUUAGAUCUAUUUUUCUUUGUAGGUCAUUGUUUUUAUCUUUUAUCUUUGCCUUGUUUUCAAGAUGGUCAGUUGUGACUAUUAAGACACCAUUUUGUUGUUUUAGUUUAUGUGCCUUUGUUUCCAGAUGACCUAGUUUACUUUUCAAAUUAUUUUCCAAAUUUUCUUCAACCUCUCUUAAUUGCUUUUUUGAAUUGCGUUUUGAGUUCUUCUAGAGCUUGGGUCCAAUUCACUGGAGUUCCUGCGUUUUUUCUUAGUGUUCUUUGGCCCUCCUCUGUUCCAUUUGUUCUUUGUUCAUUACCUGAAUAGAAGCUGUCAAUUGUAAUUUCUUUUUUGUUUUUCAUAUUUUUUCCUUCUUUCCCCUUCCUUAUUGGAUCUAUUCUUGCUUCUCUGUUUAUUUGCUGGAUCUGUGAGUUUGGGCUUUUCUGCCCUGAAGAGGUUUCUUUGCUCAACUGAUUAACUGGAUUAGGCUGAUAGAGCUAGCUGGUUAUAGCAGUGUAUCCUGAGGCCAGAUCUUCCCCAGAUGCUGGCAGAGGCUGAAGAUGAAAGUGAAGGUGUGGAGGCUGAAGUAAGUUACCCUUGGUCUUCCUCUCUAUUCCUUUCUGCCAGCCACCUCCCUGUCACUGUCUGGUCAGAGCCCUGAGCUUCCUGUGAUGGUACCAAGGUACUUCACCGCAGCUGCAGCCUUCACCCUGAGAUCCCAGUCAGCUGAAUUCCUACCACUGGUCUUAGAGCAGUAGGUGGGGGAGGGGUGUUGGAUCUUUGCCUUAAACCCAAGAAUUCAACUUUAUCUGCAUACCUUUCAGAUUGGGUUGAACAAUAGAAACUCAUGGCUCUGUCCUGCUGCUGAGCCUGGCUCUCUGUCCACCCUGCACCUUUGCUCCUCUGGUUUUCUGCCAACUCUGUGAGACUAGGCCCCUCUGUCCUCUGGAAGGUUCUUCUCUGCACUAUUGAUAAACUGGAUUAUGCCAAUUGAGCUGAUAUGCAGAGCUAAAUGUGCCCUGAGGUCAAAAUUUCCAAAGGCAGAGGCCCAAGAUGGAGGUGUGGUGGUUGAAUGCUGUGACCAGUCUGCCCUCUUCUGUUUCUCUCCUUCAUCCACCUCCUUGCAAACUAUGGUCAGAGCCAUGAACUUUGGAGUCCUAGCCCUGAGAUCUCACUGACCACCCAAGUCUCACCUCAGAAGAUGGGGGAAGGGCCCUGGGACCUUCUCUCUUUUCCUUAAACCUGAGAAUUCAAUCUUCUCUGUGUACCUUUUCAAUUGAAUCGAGCAGGAGAGUCCCAUAGCUCUCUUCUUCUUAGAUUUGGUUUUCUGUCACCCUUUAAGCACUUUGUUUUUGAUUGGUGUCGAAGGGUUUUCACAGAGGAAUUGACUUUUGCUGCUUCUAAGCCAUCAUCUUGACUCCUCCCCCUCAGAAUAUUAUAUCUUUAAAAGAGGAAUACCCCUUCUUUUCCUCAUCAUACUUACUCUUCUUUCUGUGUAACUAAAUAUAAAAUGUUUGAACAUAUUCCAAUAACAAAUGACAUUUGUAAUAAAGCAAAGUCAGAAUGUUUUGGCUAUGAUACAUCAUACCUAGUGGUUCCCCAAACUCUCAAUUUAACAAGACACUGCACUUCUUCACUUAGAAUCAUUCUCAUCCCAUAUAACUCUCAAAUAUUCUUUAUGCUUUCAUCUAGAAAAAAAAUAUUUCUGCCUUUUAGGAAAUUAGGUAGAGAAUUCCUUUUUCUUUGUUUUUUUCCUCAUUGAUCACUGGUAACAUUUUACCCCUACAAUAUAGAGUACAUGCUACCUUCUCAGAAAUUCUUCAAAAUAUGUCCUUAUCAGAUCAACUCUUGACACUUCUAAUGAGUAAUUUCAAAUCACCUUCUCUUUUUCUCUUCCCUCUCAUACUUCACUCAGAGAACAUUUCCCAUCUCUGUGAUUCCAUAGGGGAAAGCGUUUCAGAAUAAGAUAUUUCUCCAGGUUUUACUCUUCACAACAUGAUUCUCACUUCAGAUACAAAAUGCUUUUUUCAAUAUUCCACUGGACUCUGAAUGGCUGGCUCUGACACUCUUCAAGGUUAGGAGUUUGGGUAAAUCUCUUGUGUGCUUCAGUUUCCUCUAGUCAGUUGAUGAGGGUUGUGCUAGAUGAAAUCUGAAGGUUCAGCUCUAAAUUUUGUGAAUUUUGCUGCUUUAGGGGUCAAUGGCAUUCAAGGAUGUGGCCGUGGACUUCACCCAGGAGGAGUGGUGCUUAUUGGACCAUUCUCAGAAAGCAUUGUACCUGGAGGUCAUGCUGGAGAAUGUGCAGAAUCUACUCUCUGUGGGACUUCCAGUUCCUAGAGAAAAUUUGAUUUCCUGUUUUCAGCAAGGGGAAUCACCAUGGUUGCUAGAGCAAAAAGACCCAAGGAGGUCCUGCUCAGAGGCAGAGACUAAUUUUGAAGUGAAGGAGAUGACUACAAAGCUGAGCCUUUUUGUGGAAGGAUCUAACUCCCAAAGAUGCAUGAAUGAGGGUCCCCAUGACUUCAUUUUGAGAGAAAUCUGUGACUCUGCUAUCAAUGUAAAUAAAAAUCCAAAGAGUGACUGUGAAUUUGAUGAAACUGCAGAGAAAUUCAGCCAAUAUUCAGUCCUAAAUCAUUGUAGGAAAUUGACCUCAGGAAAUGACUGUUUUCAGGAUACCAAAUAUAGGAAAUGCUUUCCUGAAGAAGUAGGGCUUGUUCAGUCACAUGAGAUGCCUCCUGAAAUGCCCAUAUAUCAAGGUAACCUAGGGGGAAUGGCCUUUGGCAGGAGUUUAGAGCUCAUUAGACAUCCAAAAAGUAAACAUGUAGAGAUGGUUUCUGUAAGUGACAAAGGUGAGAGACCUUUCAUUCAAAACUCUGAGCUUGCUGCAUAUCAAAUAAUCCACUUUGGAGAGAAAUCUUAUGAAUGUAAACAGUGUGGAAAGGCUUUCACACAGAAUAACGAUUUUGCUAAACAUCAUUCAAUCCACAGUGGAGAGAAACCUUAUGAAUGUAAACACUGUGGAAAGACUUUUACAUGGAAGGUCUCUCUUGCUGCACAUGAGAGCUUCCACACUGGAGAGAAACCUUAUGAUUGUAAACACUGUGGAAAGGCUUUCACUCAGAGGAGUGAUCUUGCCAAACAUCAGAGAAUCCACACUGGAGAGAAACCUUAUGAAUGUAAACACUGUGAAAAGGCUUUCACAAGGAGGGACUCUCUUAAUGCACAUCAGAGAAUCCACACUGGAGAAAAACCUUAUGAAUGUAAAGAAUGUGGAAAGGCUUUCACAGCGAGGAGUCAUCUUGCUGCACAUCAGAGAAUCCACACUGGAGAGAAACCUUAUACAUGCAAACACUGUGGAAAGGCUUUCACUCAGAGGAGCCAUCUUGCUGCACAUCAGAGCGUCCACACUGGAGAGAAACCUUAUGAUUGUAAACAAUGUGGAAAGGCUUUUACAGAGAGGGGAUCUCUUGCUAAGCAUCAGAGCAUCCACACUGGAGAGAAACCUUAUGAAUGUAAAUACUGUGGAAAGGCUUUUACUUGGAAGUUCUCUCUUUUUGCACAUCAGAGCAUCCACACUGGAGAGAAACCUUAUGAAUGUAAACACUGUGGAAAGGCUUUCACUCAGAGGAGUGAUCUUGCCAAACAUCAGAGAAUCCACACUGGAGAGAAACCUUAUAAAUGUGAACACUGUGGAAAAGCUUUCACAAGGAGGGACUCUCUUAAUGCACAUCAGAUCAUCCACAAUGGAGAGAAACCUUAUGAAUGCAAACACUGUGGAAAGACUUUCACACAGAGGGGCUAUCUUGCUACACAUCAGAGAAUCCACACUGGGGAGAAAUCUUAUGAAUGAAAAAAUUUCAAAAGGCUUUCCCCUUGGAGGAGCCAUCUUGCUGGAUAUCAGAGAAUGCACACUGGAGAGAAACCUUAUGAAUCUAAACACCAUGGAAAGGUUUUCACACAAAAGGACUCUCACUACACAUCAGAAUUGUGAGAAAUCGCCUAUUGUAAUUUAUGAUUGUUUUACCAUUUCUAAGGUUUGGUUUCAUUAAAAUUAUAGGUUUAGUAGAGUUAGUCAUUGAUCUUAGUAUUUUCCUUGAACUUGUAACAUUGUUUUCUAAGAAUCUCUCUAUUACCUGAUUCAAACAGCAAAUGUUAGUGUCUUGAUCAAGAUGUAAGAAUAACACAUUUAAUCAAUGUUAGCAAAAGUUGAGUGUAUGGACUUUUCUGCCCACCUUGGUUGCAGAAUAGUCCCCAAAAUAGAUAUUAGUUACCAACCUUGAUGAUUUUUGGUGACCUUCUGUAGAUUUACAUCUUGCUUAAUCAGCUCUGGUGAAGUCCCUUAUUUCGCUGUUUUAGGACAUAUGUAUAUGCCUAGUAUAAUUUUAUGAUACUAUAAUUUUUAUAGUUGCUGACCGUUUGCAGUUGCUGACUUGCUUAGGCAAUGUUUUUAUAAAUAUUUCUUUUAUAGUUGCUGACCCUUAUUUUUACAUUGCUAAGGUUAUGUUUUUCAAAAUACUGUAAAUUAUAUGUCUGAUUUUUUUGACAGUCAAAACCCUGUAAAUUUUAGCAUCAGUUUGGCAUAUUAGGAGGCCACUCAUAGAGCUCGGGGCCUUUGGUUUUGACCAGAGGCAGGCUUUAAUGUGAGAUUGGUCCUCUCUCAAUAAACCUAUUUUUUUGGACUUGGAGACUUGAUUUUAACUUUUUGGCAUCUCUGCUAAUAAAUUUUUGCCACAGAAUCCAUACUGGAGAGAAACCUUUGUGAAAACCCUCUGCCCCCUUUUAUGAUUAUAAUAGUAUUAACUUUAACUUUUAGGCAUAUUUCUAUAACACAAUCAUUAAUUGUUUAAUAUAGUUUGCUUCAUAUAAGAAAAAUACAGUUCUGGGUGGUAUCAAAUCUUGUUUACACCUUGACCUUAAGGCUAUAACCCCAGAGUUUCCAUUGAGCCCCCCACACCAUCUUAUAUAAUAGUAUAGUCAGACAAAGGGUGGAGGACUACUCAUUUUUGUAUAACAAGAUAGACAGGCACCCAACUCCAGACUCCUAGCAUUUCAUCAUAAUUGUCAUCAGAAAAACAACUAGCCCCCAGCCCCUUAUUGUAGAGGCCUUGGAAAGGUCAACUAUAAUAAUAAUCAUGUUACCACCCAUAGUGAUUUUUUUACACUUUCUAGCUUAAUCAGAACUUGCAUAAUUAAUUAAGAACUGCCCAUUUGUUUAUUGUAUUUGCUGACACUGUCUCAUCAGGUUUCUUGGCAUAAAAAAGGCUAUCUCCUAUGACUCAGGGUCUCUGGUCUUGAUCUUGACCAGGGUCUGGCUUUAUUGGGAGUUUUGGACAUCUCUCAAUAAACCUACUUAACUUGGAGUUUUUGCAUUGGUGUUAUAAUUUUUGUCACACUUUAUGAACAUAAACAAUGUGGAAACUUACAGAGAGGAGAUCCUUUGCUGUACAUCUGAGAAUCCACAGUGGAGAGAAAUUUUAUGAAUGUAAACACCAUGGAAAGGCUUUCACACUUGCUAAACAUCAGAGCAUCCACAGUGAAGAGAAACCUUAUGCAUAUAAACACUGUAGAAAGGCUUUUACAGAGAGAGGAUCUCUUGCUAAACAUCAGAGAAUCCAUACUGGAGAGGAACAUUAUCAAUUUAUACACUGUGGAAACACUUUUACAUGGAAGAUCUCUUGCUAAAUGUGAGGGAAUCCACACUGUAAAGAAACUUUAUUAUAUGGGAUAAAUUUAUGCAUUAUUCUCCAGCAUACAUUAAUUAGUAAUCUUACAUUGGCAGCUUCCUUUAGAAAAUUAGUGAAAGUUUGGCAUCCUUCAUAAGGGAGAUACUAAUCUCUCAUGGAGAGUAGAGAAAUCCCCCUCCCCAAGCAGCAUUUUUAUACAUACUUAAAGAUACACCUUCAAUUCACUCUUUUCUAAUGUGGCCCAAACUCCCUUUUAAGAAAUUAUUAGGGAUUAAGAUGUUAGAUUUUGAUUCCUAUAGGAAAUGUUUUAAAACUUAUAGCUACAAUAUUAACUCCUUGUCCUAAAUGUUUCAGUCUAAAAGGGCUUGACCAUGUCUAAAUUCUGACUCAACUUAGAAAUUGCAAACUUAAGGAAUGCUAUCAUGGGAUCAAGAGUGCUGGGAAACUUAAGGAGGGAAGGACAAAAUAAAGAAAAUCUUAACAUACACAUACAUUGUAUCAUACACAGGUUGUGGGCAAUUAAAAGUAGGAGUAUUGUGUUAAUGUCCUAUAAAUUUUGAGUUUGUAUUUAUAUCCUUGGACAUUGCUGUUGAAUUGACCACUCAGAGCAGUGUCCCCAUCUUUUCCCUUUCCCUAAUAAAGACCACAUAUUGUCCUGCAAGCAUCUUAA